AUGGACAGAGCCAGUGGUGCGAGGCUCAGUGCGAAGCUUGGAGUUGCCUCGCCUGGGUCAGAGGAGGUACUGGGAGUCAGGGGUAUGCCUGCUGUGAAACUGGGCACUGUUCGAAGGAUUAUUAUCGAGAAUCCUGAUCAGGAGCCGUUAUCCCCAUUUCUUAGAGGGGGGAAUUUCUGUCCUGGAAAUAAUGUCAUCUAUGAAAAGACAAUAAGAAAAUACGAGCUAUUAAAUCCCCACCAGGAGAAGCAGUAUCAAUUUUCCCACCAGUGUCAGAUUCCCCAGCAAGCCGAUCAGUGCCAUGUUGUCCAGCCCUGCCAGCACUCUGAGCAGUCCCAAGUCACCCAGCACUGCCAGCAGACACAGACCAGUAGCCCCUGUGAAAUAAUUCCAGUCUCUGUGAGCGAUGACUGCAGGGGAAAUACAGUGAGGAGGGUAACAGUUCAAACCUAUGAACCGGAAAACAGUGACCAGCUGGACUGCCGCUACUUUGGUGAGCUCCUUGCUGAACUGAACCGCAAGACCAAUGACUUGUACAGUUGUUUACUACAGCAUGUGGAAAAGAUAGGAGGAAGGAACCAUGACGUUGAAUUUACGUGUCAGACUGAAGAUAUUGAAGAUUUAAUUCCCAAAGGCCUGUCUGAGGCAACAAAGCAGCAGAUUCGUUAUCUCCUCCAGAUGAGAGUGACGUCAGAUAAAUCUUUGCGACUUGUGCUUUCCACGUUCAAAAAUUUACGUGAAGAGCUUUGCCAUUUGCAGGAUGACUUGGGGAAGUUAGAAACUGACAGUGUCUUACUUAAGAAGGAUUUGGCUUUUAAAGAUUCUCAAGUAAAAGAGUAUGAAACUAUGUUGACUUCUCUGAGAGAAAAUAAUCGUCAGCAGCAGCAAGGACUCAGGGAGAGUACUGCAAAAUGUCGCUCUCUGGAAGAACAGCUCCUCUCUCUUCGGCUCAGCGAGGGAGAAAAGGAUUGUCACCUAAAGGAACUGGAGUACUGCAAGCGCGCCUUGGAGCAAGAGAUCCAGAGCCUUAGACUACAGACCUGCUCUAAUCCAACACUACAGACCACCACAGACGAACUCUCUAGCCGUUAUGUAGAGAUGAUCAAUAACUUGAGAGAGGAUAAAGAUCGCGAGAUCCGCAGUCUUAGGUCUCAGUUAUGCCAAUUCCAGCAAGACAUAUCAAGGAGAGAAGGAAGUAACAGCGACUUGCAAAUAAGGUUGCAUGAACUGACGUCAAUGCUGGAGGAGAAAGAUGCUUGUAUUAAACAACAGCAAGAGGACCUCUUCAGAUUGAAGCAUGAGAAAUUAUCAGGCAGGCAGUCCCCUGGUGUAACAGCUAUCAUCACUAAGAAGUACAGGAAUCAGUAUCCCAUUCUGGGCCUCUUGUCUGAUGACUACAAGGUUACAUCACCCGUCAAUAAAUCACAAACUAUUUUAAUUGAGAGGACUGGAGAGAUAUGGAAACAUGUAAGUUUACCCAGAGAUUGACUGUGAAGUCUCUGAAAUUCCUAAGUAUGCAGUUUAACUUCAAAGAAAGUAUUACCCAAAAUUGACAUCUGAGGGAAAGCCAUAGUGUUAAUUUAACUUGGCUGCAAAAGCAAGGUGACCAAUUGAAGUCAAGGAACCGCACUGUGUGUUGCAAGAAGGCAGUAAUUGUUGGGUGGGGUAUAAAUAAAGUAACCUUUCGUUGUUUUCUCUGACACAUCACCACCUUUAACAAAACAAGCGGCGUUGCUCUAACACCAGCCUCUGCCCUCACGCACGAGGCAGUCUGCCGGGCAUCCCCGUACUGGGGAGUUAGGUAGGCAGGAACUUGUUCCGCGUUGUGCUCUCAGGUGAAGGAAUGUUUUGGGUGGGCAGUAUUCCUCUGAAUCAUCAGUAUUAAUGACUCCAAACGAUUACUAAGACAUAUUAAGCAAGCACCACGUCCCUGAAACUUACAUUGAGACAGGGCAGCGACUAACCCAGGAAAUGCAGAAGAGUGGCGACUUUUUAGUGAUUCAAAGUAAAAAUAGAAAAUAGGACUGCAGAAGCUGUUUAUGUUACCGGGCGCAAGGUAAUGUCGCCAAGUCUGAGUACAAGGUAAGGGCUUGAGAAGGAUCAACGUGGCCAGUUCACAACCACGUGUUCAGAGCAAUGGGAUCUGACGACGCUGUCUGCAGGCAGAGUAUGGCAGAGCAGCACAAAUAAACGAGUGGUAAGAGAGUAGCUUUGUGGGGGACACGACCAAGAAAAAGACAAUUACGUGGGCAGCCUGAGUAGGCGAAGGGUAAAACAUCUGGCAUGUUCCGAAAGGAUGUGUUACCUGGAGUAGGGUUAAGAAAAUGAAAGGUAGAGGUCACUGGCAAACAGCAGAACUUUAUUACCGAUCUCUAAAACUCAUCCAGUUGCAUUGCAACCUAGUGAAAUGUCAAGGAAUUAAACAAACAGUAAUAAAGACAUUACAAAAAUAAAGCCGAAACCCCCUCCCUCCUAGCUUACUUGAAAAGUCAGUCAUACCUUCCAUUAUAAAAAAUGGAAAAGAUGAGCGUACUCUGCAUUUGAAGAGAUCAUUAAAUAAAUGAGAACUGUUUGUAUUUUAAGUUUCCCAAGCUCUCUAUCAAUCACUAGUGCAAGUUUCAGCUCAAAGAAAAUUACUUUGCUGCAAGAUAAAGUUGGUAAGUUUGGGAAGUGCCAACUUCACCUUUACUCCAAGCUUCACAAGUACUUUUUCUGUGUUUACGUACUGUCAGCCAAAUCGUUCUGUCUGCAUUCAUUACUGAAUAGUAAUGCUGACUGAUAGGCAGCCGAGUAGCGUGGGUUUUGUACUGAAAGUAAGCAGCCUGUACUUGAUGCUGUCCUUCAAGCACGGAUUACUUGUCAUGCUCAGUCCUUCAGGCUACUCAAAGGGCUUAAAUGUUCCUUUUAACGUUGGUCCUAGUUAUAUUGGAGAAAACUUUUAGGGCAGAAAUUUUAUAAUACCUACUAUUUAGGUAUCUGAUAACUCCCCGUUCUUGGUUGUUUCCGUCAGUACAGAAAGAGGUAUUGUCCUUGGUUUUGUGUUUACUGGAGACAGUGAAUCAUGCCAGUUCUGACAUCUGCCCCUUGCUGAACAAAAACUGUUUACGGCUUAAUGAUACGAGUUUGACCUUGCCAGUACCAGCCGCUGUGAGCGCUGACAUCCUGAGCACUCGUUAAGGAGGAAAGGCUCACUGGCCACUUGAGACACUUCAAAAGUCAGGCCGUUAGAGAAAAAUAAAUAUAUAAUUACACGAAGCGUGCUUUAUAUACAGACAGUUUUGUUUUAUAUACAGAAAUAAAUUUGUGUAUUUUCUUCUAACAAGCUGCUUGUUUCUUUCAGGAAUGAAAGAAAUCCCUAAGCCGUCAGAGCUGCUCAAAGGAGUUCACAAUCACUAAAAUUGCUUUACUUUCUGCUAUUUUGCAUCCAAAAAAGGUUCAGUCUGAUAGUGAGAAAAGGUGGGGAACACAUUCAGGACAUGGAAGCAUGAAGAUGAUGGAACACUCUGUCUCAUCCUCACCAUAAAGAACUCGGUUACCCGUGUCCAUCAUCUGCCACUAACAUCUGUGUACAACUCUUACUUGUACUGUUUCAUGCACUUAC